GGAUUGCAUAAAAGUACUUGACUCAUGCCUUUUACCUGACUCAACCUUGUGCAACCCACAAUGCUCCUUUCACUAAUCUUUGGAAACAAUAUUCUGGAGUUCCCAGAUUCAAUUUUGUUUUGCCAGUCUAUUUUUUUGUGCUUUUUUCGCGCUUACAAUUCCCCAAUUUCACAUUUGAAUACAUGUCUUAUGAUAUCUGAUUUAAAGUUUGUUUUUGCGCGCUUGCAUGCGCGAUUAAUAUAUAAGUAUUUAUUCGAUUUUAAUUUUUCGGUUUGCUUUUAACGAAC